UGUAGUGAUAACAUCCGAACACUAGGCGGCAGGAGAGGCAGUGAUUCAUGCGGAAAUGGUCAGCAAAGCAUUUCCACCAUAACAACGCCUUCUGUUUCAUGUAGUUCAUCAUGAAUCCGCUAACGAAGGUGAAGUUGAUCAAUGAGCUGAAUGAGCGUGAGGCCAACCUCGGGGUCAGCGAGACCGUGUCCUGGCACACCGAGUACAAAGACAGCGCCUGGCUAUUUGUUGGGGGCUUUCCAUACGACCUGACUGAGGGUGACAUCAUCUGUGUCUUCUCUCAGUACGGAGAGGUGGUCAACAUCAAUCUGGUGCGUGACAAGAAGACGGGGAAGUCCAAAGGUUUCUGCUUCAUCUGCUACGAGGACCAGAGGAGCACCAUCCUGGCUGUGGACAACUUCAACGGCAUCAAGAUUAAAGGUCGGACCAUUCGUGUGGAUCACGUUAAAGACUACCGACCUCCUAAAGACUCGGAGGACAUCGACGAUGUGACCAAACGUCUGAGGGGGGAGGGCUGUGCUCCCAAAGUUCCUGAGUCCUCCUCCCCCCCAGACGAAGAUGAGCCGUACAGCAUACCUGUGAAGAAGCCCAAAAAAGACAAGAAAGAGAAGAAGAAAAAGAAGAAAGAGAAGAAGGAGAAGAAGAAGAAGGCAGAGAGAGUGAGGGGGAGCCAGCCACCCUCCUCUUCCUCACUUCCUCCUGCUGUCAGAGUCAAGGAGGAGAAGGAGGACGCUGCUUAUGAUAAGUACAGCCAGAGGGGGGUGCCGGCUGGAGGACAGCAGAACGGACAGAGAGCGAGGGAGAACGAAAGACUCAGAGGGGAGGAGGAAGAGGAGAGGAGGAGAGAGCCAGACAGGGAGAGGGAUGAAGACAGGAGGAGAAAUCGUGAGAGCGAGAGGAACAGAGAGGGAGACAGGAGGCAAGAGACAGACUAUGACAGAAGAAGAGAGACUGACUGGGACAGAGACGACAGAAGAAGAGAUGUAGACAGAGACAGAAGGAGAGAGACAGACAAUGAUAGAAGAGAGAUGGGCAGGGAGCGAGACGACAGAGAGAGAGAGACAGACAGAGACAGAGAUGGAGAGAGAAGAAGAGAGGCCGAUCGGGACAGAGACAAUAGAAGAAGAGAGUCUGGCAGAGACAAUGACAGGAGGAGGGAGACUGACAGAGACGAUGAUAGAAGAAGAGACGCAGAUAGAGACAACAGAAGAAGAGACACGGCUAAGGACAAUGAUAGAAGAAGAUAGAUGGCCAGAGACACCGACAGAAGAAGAAAGAUGAACAGCGACAACAGUAGAAGAGAGACACACAAUACAUGAACACUGAGACCAACAGUCACUUGUUAGAGGACAAAAAAAUGACUUUUUCUUCCAUAAAUAAAGCAAAUAUGUAAUGUUUAAAUAAGUACAGACGUGCAUAUGUUAAGUGAAUAAAAAAUAAAAGCAUAAAUACAUAAAUGUUGGUAGAUCAAUACAAAUAUACAUUCCCAUGUCAAUGUGUGGAAAUGUAGACAAAGUCCUGUUCAUUUUAUGAUGUACCCAAGUUUAAUAAUUUAAAUAAUUUUAAUUUCAGCUUCACUGUUCACACAAAAAGCAAAGUUACAUGUUUGUACCGUUUUAAGUUUUAUAAUAAAAUAAGGAAGUGUUUUCCAAACAUGUGCAGUGGAAUUUAUUUCAGUGUUUUCUUCUAUUCCUCUUACUUCUAAGGCAGCCAUUUGUUUUCUUUUAUUUCCAAAUAGAGACCCAGUUUUCUGACACUGGGCCCCAGAGUUCAUUGGUAGUCUUCAGAUGUCAUUACACCAUACACACAAUCAAGGCAUCUGGUGCCUGAAGCAGCAAAGCAACCCCGGAACAUCAGUGAACCUCCACCGCAUCCAACUGUAGGGUAAGUGUUCUUUUCUCUGAAGGAAUCAUGUUUUCUGAGAACUGUAGAAUGAUGUGCUCGACCAGAAAGCUCUAUGUUACUCGCCUGUCCACAGGACAUUAUCUCAGAAGGACUGUGGCUUCCUCAGGUCAGUUUUGACAAACUCCAGUUUGGCUUUGUCUCUGUGUCAGCAGUGGGGCCCACUGGGUCUCCUACCGUAGCGUCCCCUGUCAUUCAGAUGUUGACAGAUGGUGUGAGCUAACAUUGUUUCACCCUGUGCCUGCAGGUCAGCUUGAAUUUGUCUGAAAGUUGAUCGAGGUUCUUUAUCCACCAUUCAAUCUCAUCUCUCACUUGUAAUGUAUGAAAGUCUACAGCCAGACAAAUAAAGUUAUAACUGAUGUGUGGGUGAUUAAGUUUAUUAUUCCAGAAGGAAAUCGAUUUGCAGAACAGGCACAAACACAGAACAGCAAAGAAGAUGAUCAACAGGAAAGUGAAGCUAAAACCUGCACGUUGACGCCACACAGCACUGACCUGCAGUGAUUGCAAAGUGCAGCGGUUCAAUGUGUGAAACCAAAGUUUGCAUAAAUACAACUUAACUCAGGUUGCUAUUUACAGCAGGUAAGAGACAUUUUCCAGACCUUUGUGACUAAAAUGACUGAAUACUUUUGAAUACUACUAGUUUUCUGAGGAACUGAACUCAAGACUAAGACCCGCAGAGACCCUGAAAGAGUUCUGUCCAAGGAAACUUUACUAAAAUGACUCAAAUGACGGGCCGAUAAAACAAACAUUACAAACCCACAUUUCAGAUUCAUGUUU